AAAAAAAAGAAGGUAAAACGCUGGUACGGAAAUGGGAGAGUUUUGUGGGAGCUGAAAAAGCGCGAGAAAUGGCGAGAGACGGAGAGGAAGAGAGGGACGAGAGGACAUCUUCGAGCAACAUCAUCAGAGUGAGAGCGAGACCAGACCCUUUCCUGGUGGUCUGUAGGUGUUUCAGAGUUAUCACCGCCGCCGUCGCCCUCCUCUGCAUUGGUGUCAAUGUUCUGUCCGCCAUUCGAUCCUUCAAGGACGAAUCUGAUAUAUUCGAUGGGAUAUUUCGGUGUUACGCGGUUUUGCUUGCGUUCUUUGUGGCUCUGAUUGAGACGGAAUGGGGAUUCAUACUACAAUUCUGGAAGGUGUUGGAGUAUUUUGCUGGUAGGGGUAUGCUGCAGAUCUUUGUUGCGGUGAUGACAAGAGCUUUCCCUGACUAUUAUGGGGUGCAGAAGGAGCUUGUUCUUCUUCAAAACAUAUCAAGUUAUAUGCUUCUUGCUUGCGGUGUAGUGUAUUUAGUUUCGGGACUUCUGUGCAUUGGCUGUCUCAAACGUGCUCGGCAGAAGAAAGAGAUUUCAAGGGACCAAGCAGUGAAGGAUCUGGAGGAAUUGGCGCGGCGUAGAGAGGAACUUGAGCAACUGCUUAUUGUGGAAAGGGUGUGAGACGAUUUGCAUAAGUAGGCCAAGGAUACUGAGGUUACCAGAGGCAAGGAAACCAAGUCUGGCAAAUCUCUCCCUUGAAUUUGUAUUUGUUGGACACUCUCGUUUGUGUCAUUGUUUUUGAAUGCCACUCAGUUGCCUUCUUGGAAUUGAAUACUUGGCAGGAGUCUAAUAAUUAUGUAUCCUUGUAUAGUUAAUGCGGAUAUGCAUUUUGAGUGCAUUUGAUACAGUGAUUUUGUAGAUUAAAAGUUUGAUUUUAAAUUAAAUAAUGGAAAAUGUAUGGUUUAGAA